CCCUCCUUCCUUUCUGUACACCUUGCGGCAGGCAGAGAGCGGCAGCCGCGGCAGCAGCCAGGGGGUUUGUGCACAGAGAGAGGCCGACUUAGGGACCGGCAGACGGACGGACGGACAGAGCGGACCCUCCCCGAGCUCCCGCGCCAUGGCCGAGAGGAAGCAAUCCGGGAAGGCGGCAGAGGACGAAGAAGUCCCUGCCUUUUUUAAAAACCUGGGCUCAGGCAGCCCUAAGCCCCGGCAGAAAUUCUGUGGCAUGUUCUGCCCGGUGGAAGGGUCCUCCGAGAACAAGACCAUCGAUUUCGACUCGUUGUCCGUGGGCCGGGGCUCGGGGCAGGUGGUGGCUCAGCAGCGGGACGUCGCCCACUUGGGCCCGGACCCGCAGCCGCCGUACUCCCGGCAGGGCCGGCGCGCCGGCGGGGAGCCAUCUGUUGAAUCGAGCCGGAAGGUGGAGAUCCGGCGGGCCUCGGGCAAGGAAGCCCUGCAGAACAUCUACGACCAGAGUGAUCGUCUUCUGAUCAAAGGAGGUAAAAUUGUUAAUGAUGACCAGUCAUUCUAUGCAGACAUAUACAUGGAAGAUGGGUUGAUCAAGCAAAUAGGGGAAAACCUGAUUGUGCCAGGAGGGGUGAAGACCAUCGAAGCCCAUUCUAGGAUGGUGAUCCCCGGAGGGAUUGAUGUCCAUACCCGCUUCCAGAUGCCUGACCAAGGAAUGACCUCUGCUGAUGACUUCUUUCAAGGCACCAAGGCCGCCCUGGCUGGGGGAACCACCAUGAUCAUUGACCAUGUCGUGCCCGAGCCCGGGACAAGCCUGCUGGCAGCCUUCGACCAGUGGAGGGAGUGGGCUGACAGCAAGUCCUGCUGUGACUACUCUCUGCACGUGGACAUCACGGAGUGGCAUAAGGGCAUCCAGGAGGAGAUAGAGGCCCUGGUGAAGGACCACGGGGUCAAUUCCUUCCUGGUGUACAUGGCUUUCAAAGAUCGCUUCCAGCUAACUGAUUCCCAGAUCUAUGAAGUAUUGAGCGUGAUCCGGGAUAUCGGUGCGAUUGCCCAAGUCCACGCGGAAAACGGCGACAUCAUUGCAGAGGAGCAGCAGAGGAUCCUGGAUCUGGGCAUCACGGGCCCCGAGGGACACGUGCUGAGCCGGCCUGAGGAGGUCGAGGCCGAAGCCGUGAAUCGCUCGAUUACCAUCGCCAACCAGACCAACUGCCCUCUGUACGUCACCAAGGUGAUGAGCAAGAGCGCGGCCGAAGUCAUCGCCCAGGCCCGGAAAAAGGGAACCGUGGUGUAUGGUGAGCCCAUCACCGCCAGCUUGGGGACUGAUGGCUCCCACUACUGGAGCAAGAACUGGGCCAAGGCCGCCGCUUUUGUCACCUCCCCACCCCUGAGCCCUGACCCGACCACUCCGGACUUCCUGAACUCCUUGCUGUCCUGCGGAGAUCUUCAGGUCACUGGCAGUGCCCACUGCACAUUCAACACUGCCCAGAAGGCUGUGGGAAAGGACAACUUCACCCUGAUCCCCGAAGGCACCAAUGGCACCGAGGAGCGGAUGUCCGUCAUCUGGGAUAAGGCUGUGGUCACGGGGAAGAUGGACGAGAACCAGUUUGUGGCCGUGACCAGCACCAAUGCAGCCAAAGUCUUCAACCUGUACCCCCGGAAAGGCCGCAUUGCUGUGGGAUCCGAUGCUGACCUGGUCAUCUGGGACCCCGACAGCGUUAAAACCAUCUCUGCCAAGACCCACAACAGUUCUCUUGAGUACAACAUCUUUGAAGGCAUGGAGUGCCGUGGCUCUCCACUGGUGGUCAUCAGCCAGGGGAAGAUCGUCCUGGAGGAUGGCACCCUUCAUGUCACCGAAGGCUCUGGGCGCUACAUCCCCCGGAAGCCCUUCCCCGAUUUUGUUUACAAGCGUAUCAAGGCGAGGAGCAGACUGGCAGAACUGAGAGGGGUUCCCCGCGGCCUGUACGACGGACCCGUGUGCGAGGUGUCCGUGACGCCCAAGACAGUCACCCCAGCCUCCUCAGCCAAGACGUCUCCUGCCAAGCAGCAGGCCCCUCCUGUCCGGAACCUGCACCAGUCUGGAUUCAGCUUGUCUGGUGCUCAGAUUGACGACAACAUUCCCCGCCGCACCACCCAGCGCAUUGUGGCUCCCCCUGGUGGCCGUGCCAACAUCACCAGCCUGGGCUAGAGGUCCGGCCGCAACUUCCUUGGGGAUGGGGAUGGGACACCUGAGGACAUUCUGAGACUUCUUCCUUCCUUUUUUUUUUUUUUUUUUUUUUUAAGAGCCUGUGAUAGUUACUGUGGGGCAGCCAGUUCAUGGGGCUCCCUCUCGGGCCCUGCACUCCGUCCCUCACCCGGAGUCACUGAUUUUGCUCACCCACUUCCCCGUACAUCUACGAAUAUCACACCCAAGUCUGCCCACCAACCCCAUACACGGAACCGCACCCAACACUCAGACAUGUGACACAAAGCGAAUCACAACGAGGGCGCCUUUCAUCUCC